CAGUUGGUGAAGAGCAUUCCCUCCAAAAACAUUCUCCCUUGUGAUUCUGUGCUGUGAAUAUGGAUUGGAAACAGUUUGUCGCCCUUCUUUACCUUCUUCCAGCCGUGACUGUGGCGAGACCAGCAGUUGAGACUCUCACAGUUCGUGUCCCAGGAAUGGGACCAAUUAUUGGGUCAACAGCGGAAACAGCAUGGACAAAAUCCACCAUAUACCAAUUCAGGGGCAUUAAGUUUGCAGAACCACCGAUAGGAGAUCUCAGGUUUAAGCUACCAGUACCAAAAGCUCCAUGGACAGAUCUUCUGGACACUACUCAACCUGGAAGACCUUGUCCUGGUAUAACUAUUCUCGAUGACUCUUUAGAAGAUUUCGGACCAGAAGCAGAAGAUUGUAUCUCUCUCUCCAUAUACACGAAGAACCUUUCAGUAUCCAAUCCAGUAAUGGUUUACAUUCACGGUGGGGCUUUUUAUAUGGGAGCUGGAUAUCAACAUCCACCAAACUACCUUCUUGAGAAGGAUAUUGUGCUAGUAGUGCCGCAAUACCGUCUAGGUCCACUAGGUUUUCUCUCCAUGAAAAGUGAAAACCUGCCUGGGAAUGCAGCCAUCUUUGAUGUGAUCUUAGCACUCAAGUGGGUUCAGGCUCAUGUACGAUCUUUCGGAGGUGAUCCUGAACGGGUAACUCUAGUAGGGCAGUCUGCAGGAGCGGGAUUAAUAAAUGCUUUGGCCUAUAGUCCCGUUGUUGAGGAACAUCUUUACCAACAGGUUAUACUGCAAUCCGGAGGAGCUUUGGGUACUUGGGUUUGGGAUGAAAACCCCGAAAGAAACGCCAGGGAGAUUGCAUUUAAAGGUGGUUGCAAUUAUACUUUAUCUGAUGUUGAACUAGAAGACUGUCUCAAAGACAUGGAUCUCUGGACAUUAUGGGCUGCCUUUGCAAGUCACAUGGAUUCAGGUGCCCAAAAUGGUCAAAAUGCCAUCGGAGGUCAUAGGAUUACAAUAGGUGGACCUACAAACUUCCUCCCUACCAACCCAUUUGAAAUCAUGAGCAGUGGCGGAGGAAGACGCAAUCUUCGAAUGAUGACAGGAGUCACCAAGAAUGAAGGCACUUUUGCUCUUAUCGGUGUCUACGACACUAUCAAUUCAACAAUCGGAUUCGACAAUCACCAAUUUAAUCGUUUCCGUUUGAUUGAUGUAAUUAACAGAAUUAUCGGUAUUUCUGACUACACGGGAACAUUUAAUGGAUUCCUAUCAAAGAGUCUUUGGAAACCAGAUCAACAAGAUGGAGGAGUCUUUGAGGACAUGAUUGACGGUCUUGUAGAUCUUUGUGGUGUUGGCAUAAUCAAAGGUCCGGUACUUAGAGCUGCUCAGGGAAAUGCUUUUUUCAAUCCCAACGAAACCUGGCUUUACAGUUUUGACUACAUGGGUGAACAUACGAGAUUUGGAUACGGAGCCGACACAUCUGAGUACCCCUUUGAAGGCGGAGUUACCCAUUCAGAUGAUAACAUAUACCUAUUCCCCUGGCCUCCGGAAGUAGCAGAGCUCAAUGAAGAGGAUACAGAAUUUGCUAAGAAAAUGGUGGACCUAUGGACAUCGUUUGUGAGCAAUGGGGAACCACAUUCACCGGAGAUUUCUUCUUGGCCACCAAUGACUAACCUCACUGGACCAUAUCUUCAUAUCAACAAGGAUAGCUCAAUUGGAUUUGAUUUCAAUGAUGAGUAUUCAGUUACUGCCAGGGAAGGAAUACCAAGUCGAUUAAAUUUAAUCUAAUCUUAAUACAACCUGAGAAAGAGUUUUCCACCGUUUUACUCUGGAGGUUGGUUACCAACGCUAAGACGGCGGUGGCCGCUAUCACAAAAACAUUGAAUUCUUUGUACACCUAUAUCUCUGUCUAAAUUUUUGCUUUCAAGAGCUCUAGCUCAAAAGCAGUACUUGAAAUAAAUAAUAAAUAAAAAAAAAUAAUACGGAUUUCAAAUUGGAAUUUUAGCCCAGUUUCCAAUGGUCUCGAAAUUCUAAAUAACAAAAAAUUUACUGAUUCAUUUUUUUUCAAAAUCUAUUGAAUCAUUAGCCCUUAUAUGAGUAUAUAAUCCAAAGCCACAAUUUUCUAAAAAAUCUUUCUUAAUUAAAAAUGAUAGGAGUUAAGGCACUGUCUAUAGCUUAGGUCAGAAGACCGUAUACAAUCAGACUGAAGUCUCUGAAGUCUACAAAAAUACUUCCCUGUAUUGAACCUACGAUAUAAAAAAUAUAAUAAAUCUUUCUAAAACAAA